ACGCAGAUAAAAGCUCAAGAAGACCAUGGUACAGCGCCGAACGGCCGUUUUAACACGCUGAUAUGAAGCAGGAUCGCUGAUACUGAAUCACCAUGGUGUCCCUCUGGCCAUGGAGAGGCCCAGAUAACUCUCCAGCGUCAUUUGAGAAGACACUCGCAGGCUUGUCUGAGAAGAUCGCACAGUCAAAUGGCAGACUAGAGGUUCAUAGGCAACGUGCUCGCCGGUUCAGGGCCCUCUGGACGCUGUAUACUACCUUUGCGUACAUAUUGUAUGCGCUUAUUGCGGCGCUGGUGUUAGGUUGGGAACGGUGGGGUCCUGUAGAGUAUACGGCCCUGUCAGGUAGCCCAGUAAUAAUAUAUACAGUUCGGCGGAUAGGCGCAGCGUUCUUCCAGUAUCAAAUCACGAAGACACAGAAAUACCUCGAAGAACUGCAGAAACAACGUGACGAGACUAUUGAAAAGCUGAAAGAAGCUACGAAAUACAACUCUACUCUGCAACUACUCGAGAAAUAUGGCGCAGAGCCUCCGAGGUCUCCGUCUCCACAAGAAGGUGCUGAUGACAUGGAAGGGAUGAAUCAGCAUGGGGGCUCACGCAAAGGUCCUCGUUCUCGAACUUCUCUCCCCUUCCAGGGACCAAGAACCAGAAUGACACCCCCUCCUACAGCUAAUAUUCGACGGCCACAAACUGCCGGUUCCCUCCCUUCAAGCCCCAUGGGACAGAAACACGAUCGCAAACAAGUUGAUAUUCCGUCAAACCCACCGAGCCCAUCCAGCUUACAGUUAGCACAAAUGCAACAGCAGCCACCGCACCAUCCUCCAGAUGAGCCUGGUUUUCAUCCUAGUGCCUUCCCUCCAACUCAGAAUAUUGAACCCCGUCAGCCGCAGUGGUAUGACAGGAUACUUGACGUUCUCCUUGGUGAAGAUGAAACGCUGCCAAAAAACCGCCUGGCACUGAUAUGCGUCCACUGCAGGUUAGUCAACGGACAAGCUGCGCCUGGUAUUCGCACCUUGGAAGAAGUUGGGCGAUGGCGCUGUGUUGGGUGUGGCGGUUGGAACGGCGAGGAGAAAAAGGAUACCGCUACUCAUGAUAUGCUUCGCAAAGAACAUAUACGUAGACGGAGUGAGAGCAUGCCUCAAAGACCAGCGGCACCGGUUGUCGUGGUAGAACCCUCUACCCCCACAGAUGGCGAUAGCCCUGGGAACAAGAUUGGCCGUAAGGCGAGCGUUAGCAGCGAUGUAUAUGAAGGAGAAGGUUUGUCCGCGGGCGAAGAUGCAGAUUGGAGUAGUGAUGCGGAGCUGGAGCCAGGUCAAAAAGGCUCGUUAGACAUCAAAGACGAGCCGUAA